AAAUAUGUAUCAGAGCCAUGCCACAAUAAGUACGCUCAGAUUCAUAUGAGCGACCAAAUCUGAUUAUACUUGAAACAUAAGGUUCAUUUGUAGGAUCAUGGUUUGAAUCUGUAACAGCAAUAAGAGUGUCCGUUGCUUUUAACCGCCGAAUCGGAAAAUAUACCACAAAAGAAUGUAAAUAAGAUAGAAGAAAUAAUAGAUAUAACCAGGAAGCGAAUAUACAGACAAAACAAAUUCCACGGUUGUGUGCCAUAUAGAAAUUAUGUAACUGGAAGAUUUUAUUACCGAAAUGUGCAUUUUAUUAUGUAUUAAUGAAUUUAAAUCACACGACCCACCCAUUCAAGUGCAGAAAAUAAUGUAUUGUUUUAUCGUAAUUUUAUUUCAGUACAGAUGUGAUGGCACUCAUUUCUUAAUAAAAUUCAGGAAUAAAUAUAAUUUUCUUACUGAGGGAUGCAUUCAGACACAAAUCAGUAGUAUUUUAUUUCUUAUUUUUUCAGAAUACAUAAAACUUAUUAUAUAAGAGAUAAUAGAAUAAUUACUGCCGCUCGUCCAUCAAAGUUAAGUAACACUUACCAUUGUUUGAACGAGGAAAGCUGAUCACUACAUAUAAAAAAGUCCUCUUAACGGUUUAAUUCAUUUAAAGUAUUUUUUUUAGUACAUUACCAAAAUGCAUAAAGUUUUGUUCAAACUUAGCACAAAUUUACUAAACUAUCUUCCUUUUUAAACUUUGUGCUACAUUUUCAAUCCUAAAGUAGAUUUUCAUAAGGAAUGUAUCAUAUUAUAAUUGCACACUGAUGAAUAUUUCUAGUUCCUCAUAUUGGUAGUUACAAUUUAUUUUGUCAACAACUUUUUCGGUACAAACAUAUUUGUAUUCGUUAUUAGUGUCCCGUGAACUAUUACUGGUUAAACAUCUAUAUAUAAUUCGUAUAAAUAUUUCUGUUACACUCUGUGUAAGUUGUCGAGUUUCGCGCAUCAUUUUGAAGUAAAUAUUAUAAGCAAGAUAUUCAUAAAUUAUAAUUAAGAAGUUUUGCGAUGAAUUCAUUCGAGUAUCCAAAAGUGUUAUCUAGAUUUUAUGGACCAUACACAGAAGAAAAAUAUAAUCAGUUUUUCAAUCCAAACGUUUGUCAUGUUUGCAAACGGCCCAGCAGAGACUUAAUAACAUGUAAUCAGUGCAAUAUGAUUUCUUACUGUUCUAAGGAGCACCAGAAGGUACAUAAAUAUUCACACUUGGAGAUGUGCAAUGCUAUAACAUUCGUAAUAACGGACAUAUCAUAUUGGGACACAUACCGUAACUCCGAAGAAUGGAUGGAAUCACGACAAGACGUUACAGUAAAAAUACUGGCUGUUCUAUCACGCGAAACAUACCGGUAUGAAACAGAAAUGUUAAUAUUCCCGAAAUCUUGUUAUGUUUGUUACAAACAAAUAAACGUCCAGCCGUGCCAAAUUUGCUAUUCAGCUAAUUUUUGUAAUGAUCAUAAAAUACUUUUUCAUCGAAAUCAUACGGAUUGCUGCGCCAAGCUGUUGCUAUUACUGAACAUGAAUAUCACCCAUAUUAAUGGUUCAUUGAAAGAGAUUGUGUCUGAAUACAGACACAAGUUCAUAAAAUUUCCUGGUGCGAAACCUUAUGAUGACAUUGUUACAUUUAUUAACAAUUAUGUAUUCUACAGGCAUUUAAGUAUUCUUCCUAAUUACACUUCUAAUUCAACUCGCUUGUGGCAUUUAAAACAUUAUAUAUGUUCUGAUUUUGUAUCCGGUCCGAUGACGUUAUACUACGCGUUACAGGAAUCAAAUUUAUCUCUCCCAAGCAAUCCAUCUAAAUAUAUCGUUCAUCUUAUAGAUGCAGACAUAAUAGAUGUUAUAUCUUCGCAAUUUUGGCAUAUUUUCUUACAUUUCUUUAAAGACAUAAAAGAACUACGUAUUGUAUUUAUAAAAUCGCCAAUACUCGAAUCCAAAUAUCUAGGGUCUGUAUGCUCUAUGUGCAGACGUGAUGGACAGAAACUUCAUGUUACAUAUGUACCAGAGCCGUACAACGAUUACGUACACUUAGAGUCUUUUGAGCAACCAAAUGUGAUUGUACUACUUGAAACAGAAACUGUUUUCGUAAGAACAUGGUUUAAAUCUAUAAAAGCAGUAGUAGCGCAAAAUUGUCCGUUACUUUUAACCGCAGAUUCGAAAAGUACAGUAGAAGGGAAUGUAGAUAAAAUACAAGAAGAAACGGGUAUAAGCAGAAGACGAUUGUACAGAAAAAAUAAAUUCCGCAGUUGUACACCAUAUAGAAACUAUAUAACUGGAGGAUUUUUUUACCGAAAUGCACAUUUUAUAAUGUAUUCAUGAAUUCAAAUCACGUGACCGACCCUGUCCAUGGCUAAAAGUAAUGUGUUAUUUGAUCAUAAUUUCAUUUUAAUGUAGAUUUGAUGACACUAUAUUUUUAAUAGAAUUCAGGAAUAGAUAAUAGUUUUCUUAUAGAGGGACAUAUUCAGGCACAAGUGAAUAGUAUUUAAUUUCUAAUUCUUUCAAAAUACGUAUACCAUGUUAUAUAUGAAAUAACAGAAUGAUUAUCGCAUACAUAAUGUCUUAAAAUUUUACAAUUUGUCGUAUGUUAUUCCGUGGUUAUAGGUAUUACAUUCAGCUACUAUCAUUCCAUAAUGAGUUUUAUGUAAUUAUCUCGUAAAUUCUUCCUUUAUCGACUGCGUGUUCUGCUAAUGAUUUGUAAUAGGAAUAAUUGUAAAACAUUUUAUAUAAGUUAUACUUUUAUGCUGUACCUUGUAAUCAGUAUAAGUCGUUGCAUCUGUUAUAAUUUUUACUUUUUAAAUAGACAAAAUAUAUUAAAAACAGAAAAACAAUCUUGGAAAUAUUAGUGCCUUACGAAUUUUCACGUUUUAUUGUAAACUAAAUACAAGUGUAAUCAUAAUCGCCAAUGAAAUAUAGUUUUUUUUAAUAGUA